GUGAGACGAAGCGAAGCCCGAUCCUUCAGCUGCAAGAGAUCGGGAAAUUUCAAGGUCGGAUAUCCGAAAAUAGUUAUUCUAUCGAUGCGAAUACUACGGCGAUUUGACGUAUACGAAGCUAUCAAUCGGAAUAGUUCGGAAGGUUCCUAAUUUGCAUUUCUCUGAUCCUGUCGGAACGCUGUGGUGUAUUCCUCAACGGAAAUAUAGGCGUCAUCAGCACUCAAAAUAGCUUCAUUUACUAACUCAAUUGCUCUCAUCUCGCAUCUUCUCACGUGAAAUCGAACUACGUGCAAUUUUUGACAAACUUGCAUUAAUCCCAAGAUUCACAAAUCUCAUGUUCAUCAGAAAACUUGUCUCAUAUUGGACAGCAUCUAUUUUCAUCAUGAACUCCUCAACCUCAGAAGCUGCCCCGCCGGCGACUAUGAAUUCAUCAUAUCUAUUUACUGCCAGUGUCACCCUCGGCAAGCGUUACGGUCCUAUUCCUAUGGUUGGGGGUGGCAUCCGCGUAGUCGAACCGUUCACAGGAGGAACAAUUGAUGGCCCCAACUUCCAUGCCACAAUUGAAGGAGGACACGCCUCUCCCAUCGUGUUAAAUGACACCACAACUGAGAAAGGAGGAUCGGUCCAGUACCCAUUCAUAUAUGUUUAUGGAUACACAGAUGACGGACAACCAUUCUAUAUCCAGGAGGAAGGUAUUGGGAAUCGCGUCAGCCAGAAUACGAGGCUAAUCAUCAACGUUGGAGGUUCGCACUCUUAUUUGCAGACCUCUUACGUAAUCGCCCAAAUGAGGUUUAUCGAGAACGAGGGAGGGCCAACAACGGUAGCCGUCGACUGUUACAGCAUUCCCAUGAUUGCAUAGUUCAGAC